AUGUCUUCCCGCAAGAGAAAGCAGGAAGAGGAAGAGGAGGAAGAGCUGGUCUCCCUCCCCGAAGACGACGAUGGUGAGGAGGAAGAGGAGUACAUCUCCACUGGUGACGAGGAAGACGAUGUUGAGGAGGACGAAGAGGAGGAGGAUGAGGAGGGUGAUGAAGAGGACGAAGAGGAAGACGGCGGCGACGGGGAGGAGGCCAACGGCGACGAUGCCGGUGAGAAGCCCAAGAACGGCGUCAAGGACCACGUCUCGAAACCACCCGCCAAGAAGCAAAAGACAACCGACGCCUCUACCGAGGAGGUCACCAACGGUGAUGCCGUCGCCAACGACGCCGAGGACGCCGAGGAAGACGGCGCGGCAGAUGAGGACGCCGCUGUUACCACCAAGGAUGCCCCCGCGGCACCCGUCAAGGCGACGGAGAAGACCGUCGAGGCCGAGCCCGAGGCUGUUGCGGCGGGCGGCGAUGACGACGAGGAGUAA